CAAGAUUAAACUAAUGCAACACAAAACUAAGCUUAUAACACAAAGUCAUAUAGUUGGUUCUUUUUAUCGAUAAAAAAUGGCUUAUGUUAGGCUCAUUCCUUUGGUUGUCUUCUUGCUUGCCAUAUUCUCAACGUUCUCUAUGAAGAAGCUGGUAAUAGCAGCAGACUGUUCGGGUAUUUGUUCGCCAUUUGAGAUGCCACCAUGUCGCUCUAGCGAUUGUCGUUGCAUCCCUAUUGCGCUAAUUGGAGGUUUCUGCAUAAAUCCAAUAUCAUCUAUUAUGAAGAUGGUCGAGGAACAUCCUAAUUUAUGCCAGUCUCAUGUUGAUUGUACAAAGAAGAAAAGUGGGAGUUUUUGUGCUCGUUAUCCUAAUCCUAAUAUCGAAUAUGGAUGGUAUUUUGCCUCUAACUCUGAAGCACGAGACGUAUUCUUCAACAUUUCCUCUAACUCUGAACUUACAAAAGACCUCUUGAAGAUGCAUUCCACAACUUACUAUUGAUAUAUGCAAAAAUAAAAGUCAUGCAUGCAUGACAUGAUGAACCUAAUACUUAAAUAAACAAUUGGAUUUCUUAGAUAUCCAACAUGAUUAAAAUAAAUGUUGCAUGUGCAUGGUUUCACGUACGUACUUACUUUGUAAUCAAUCCAAUGAUCUAUAUGCUUCUAGAUCGACUCAAUAUAAUAAAAGUUUCUCAUAUA